AUGGGCGACGCUUCAUUGCCAGAGACAUGGCAAGACGAGGUGGCCAGGGUCCAAGCACAUCGCGAUGCCUCCCUCGCAAAGGUGCAACCUACCCUUGAGGGUGUCCCAGCUGAAGCCAGCAUGCCUAUCAACACCCUAGACUUGCCGGGAAGAAUCUUGACAGCUCGAGAAAUCGAAAUAACAGAGGGGUACAACAUCACCGACCUCCUUGCAGUGAUGCAAAGCCGCAAAGUCUCCGUGGAGGAGGUCACACGUGCAUUUCUCCGCAGAGCAGCAAUCGCACACGCGGCGACCAAUUGUCUGACAGAGCUGCUCUGGGAUCAAGCCAUCGAGCGAGCCAAGUACCUCGACUCGUUGCCCGAGCCAAAAGGCAUGCUCUUUGGUCUGCCAAUAUCGACAAAGGAGCACCAAGGAAUGGUCGGUUCCAACGUGACAUCCAAUUCCUCCUUCGUUGCGUGGAUCGGCAAGGAGCAUGGAUCCAAUCUGCUCUACGACUGCCUGUGGGAGGAAGGGUGCGUUUUUUACGCCAGGACGAACCAGCCACAGGCCAUCAUGCAUCUGGAGACCGACAAUCCCUUAUACGGACGGACGGUGAACCCAUAUAACAGGAAUCUGAGUCCGGGCGGCAGCACUGGCGGAGAAUCGGCGCUGAUCGGCAUGCGAGGCAGCAUUUUGGGUAUUGGCGGCGACAUUGGCGGCAGUAUCCGGCUGCCUGCUGCACACGUGGGCCUGUACGGUUUCAAGGCGACAUGGAAGCGCCUCUCUGCCCGAGGGUUGAUGGCGCCAGCCGCCGGCAAAGAGACCAUGGGCGCCUCACCCGGUCCGCUAGCCGCUGAUCGUAAUGCGCUCGAUUUAUUCAUGCGCGUCGCGCUGGCAGCGAAGCCCUGGCGUAGCGAUCCGUCCGUCGUUGAGAUGCCCUGGAGGCCAUACGACAAGUUCACAAAGGGCAAGAGGCUUAAGGUGGCAGUGCAGUGGUGGGACGGAGUCGUGCGACCCCACCCGCCCAUGAUGAGAGCACUACGACAAGUGGCGGAUGCGUGUCGUCAGGCUGGUAUGGAAGUCGUUGACUGGGACUGUGAGAGUCUAGACCAUCAAAGGGCCUGGGAUAUUUUGUCGGCGCUAUAUUGGCCGGAUGGUGGAAGGGAGGUCAUGGACUUGCUGAAUAGAGGUGGUGAGCCGAUAUUGCCCCUGACAAAGUUCAUAAUUCAUGAGCAGCCUACGGUCAGGAGCUUGACGCAGCAUGAACUGUGGAAGUUGUGCCUUGAACGCGACAACUACCGCGCCAUGUACGCACAGGCGUGGUCGGCCACUGGCAAGGAUGAGGAUGACGAGGUGGACGUUAUCCUCUGCCCGCCCAACUUUGGAGCAGCCACGCCCCACGACCAGUCGAGAUAUUGGGGCUACACGUCGCACUGGAACCUCGUGGACUACCCUGCUGUUGUCUUUCCUGUUACCACCGUCGACCCGGUCAAGGACAUCAAGGAUACGGAUUAUACCCCUAAGAACGCGCAGGACAAGUUUGUCUACGAUAUGUACACUCCCGAGACAUUCGCCAACGCCCCCGUGAGCCUGCAAAUUGUUGGCAGGCGAUUCCAUGACGAGAAGGUGUUGGCUGCUUUGAACCUGGCCGAUAUCGAGCCCACCUGGCUUACCGACAACGGGGAGCUGCUGCCCCCGGGCACCGUCCGGCUGCUCGACAGCACCGGCCAUGUUGACUCCAAACACGCUACUGGCGCUGGUCAGAACGAUUUUAUCCUCGUGCCAGCGCCGUCAGAGGAUCCCGAGGACCCGCUCAACUGGAACCGACGGCGCAAGAUUCUGGCGACGAGCUGCAUUGUCAUCUAUACCAUCGUCAUUGCUAUCCCAUCAAGCGCAGUCUACUCUAUCGUGACGCCCAUCCGCGCCGAUACGGGCCUCACGCUUACUGACAUCAACAACGGCACCGGCAUCAUGUUCCUUUUCUACGGCUGGGGCUGCAUCUUCUGGCAGGCAGUCGCCCUGCAGUGGGGCAAGCGGCCCGUAUACCUCUUCUCGCUGCUCGCCAACGUCAUCAUACUCGCGACCGCGCCCAUGUGCACCACCUCGGGUACCUACCUGGCCAACCGCAUCAUCCUGGGCUUUUUUGGCUCGCCUGUUGAGUCGUUGGCCGAGGUGUCUGUCGCGGACUUGUGGUUCGCCCACGAGCGCCCUACUUACAUGGCCUGGUAUGGGUGGUCCCUGGCCAUGUCCGGCAAGCUGGCUCCUAUGCUGUCGGGAUUCAUUAACGUCGGCAUGGGUUGGAAAUGGACACUCUGGUGGUGUUCGAUUUGGAACGCAAUGGGCUUUGUCUACUGCUUCCUGCUGAUGGAGGAAACCAACUAUGACCGGCAGCAUACCCAUAGCCCCCACGUAGCGCCUCACGUCAGGUCCUCGGACCCCAUUGGUUCGGACAGCCAAACCGCUGCUACCGAUGUCUCCAGUCCCGCCACCCCAACCAAAAAGAAGUCAGUUGAUUCUCCCGCCGCUGCUACUGUCAAACCUAGGGACAGCGAGUUCGGCGAGCUCGCCUGGCCGCGCAAAAGCUUUUGGGAGAAGCUCAACCUCAGGGAUAAAAAGCGGCCGAUGCGAUUUUGGGAUGUUUUCUGGGCACCUUUUGUCGGCUUUACGUAUCCUGCAGUCGUCUAUGCCGGUUUUAUGUACGGGGCCAACAGUCUGGUGUGGCAGGGCGUGCAGAAUGCCACCAUCGGCACCAUCUAUACGACCAGGUAUGGAUUUAGCACGGCCGGCGUCGCCGGGGCUUACGCGGGUGGAGUGCUCGGUUCCAUCAUCGGCGGUCUAUACGCCGGAAAGGUAGGCCAGAUACUGACGGUGCGGCUGGCGCGGCGCAAUGGUGGUGUUGCCGAGUCGGAGAACAUCCUGUACCUGUUCGCCGCGGGCGUCGUACUAGUACCCUUUGCUAUGAUCCUGUACGGCGUGGGCGUCACGUACCACCUACACUGGUUCGCGCUGGCCAUCACCCAAUUUGCCCUUGCCAUCACCGCCUCUUUCUGCAUCCCUGGGGCGCUGGGCUACGCCAUGUCCAGCUAUCCUGAGCUGUCGAGCCAGCUGGUCACCACUUGCGUACUUAUCCGCAACACCCUGUCCUUCGCCAUCAACUAUGGCAUCACUCCAUGGCUUAACCACAACGGCUACCUGGCGGUGUACUGUAUUGUAGGCGGCAUUGGCCUCCUUUGGAACGCCAGCUGCUUCGUUAUGAUCCGCUACGGCCGCCGCCUCCGCGAAUGGACUGCUCCCCGCUACUAUCAGGAUGUCGAUCGUGCCCGUGCCAAGGGUCUUAGUCAUUGA